UAAAAACCUGGCGCGCCUGUAAACCAAAAGCGGAUAAGUCUGGCAGACUCGAACGCUCUCGGCCUCCCUGCUCUCCCGCUCACCGUCCAGCGUUCACUACGGAAGCAGUAGCAGCAACAGCAGCGGCAGGGAAGAGUAGUGCGAAAAAUGUUAGUAAACCCUUGCACUAGCAUCCUCUGCAACACUCCCAAUUCCGCUCUCCUUUCUCCAUUUCCACAUUCCAAACUUGGUUCCUCUCCCUCUUGCCAUCGCUUCCCAAGGAAACCCGAGCACCGUUCCUUUUCUUGCAUUCUAUGGAGAAAGCAGAGCAAAGGAUUCUUUGGCAUCAGAGCCCUUGAAGAACCCCGUGUUUCGGAGUCCGUCGCCAGCGAUGAUGCGCUGUUUUUCCCCCAGUCGUACUCGGUCAAAAUCCCGGUUGGUGAUAGGCAUAUUUUGGUUGAGACAGGCCAUAUGGGAAGACAAGCUAGUGGUGCUGUUACAGUAACAGAUGGAGAAACUAUUGUGCACACAUCUGUUUGUUUGGCCGAUGUUCCAAGUGAGCCCUCAGACUUUUUUCCUCUAUAUGUUAAUUAUCAAGAGCGUUUUUCAGCCGCAGGUCGGACUAGUGGUGGGUUUUUCAAACGAGAAGGGAGGGCAAAAGAUCACGAGGUUCUUAUUUGUAGAUUAAUUGAUAGGCCUUUGCGUCCAACUAUGCUUAAGGGCUUCUACCAUGAAACUCAGAUACUAUCUUGGGUUUUGAGUUAUGAUGGUUUGCACUCUCCCGAUUCUUUGGCAGUCACAGCAGCUGGAAUAGCAGUAGCUCUUUCAGAAGUUCCCAAUUCAGAAACGGUUGCAGGAGUUCGAAUCGGUCUUGUUGGUGAUAAAUAUAUUGUGAAUCCAACAAUGAAGGAGAUGGAAGAAUCUGAGUUGGACUUGUUGCUAGCUGGUACAGACAAUGCAAUAUUGAUGAUUGAGGGUUACUGUAAUUUUCUCCAAGAGGAAAAGUUGCUGCGAGCUGUAGAAGUUGGGCAGGAUGCAGUACGAGUAAUUUGCAAUGAGGUGGAGGCUUUGGUUAAGAAGUGUGGGAAACCUAAAAUGAUCGACGCAAUCAAAUUACCUCCUCCUGAGCUAUAUAAGCAUGUUGAAGAGAUUGCUGGAGAUGAGUUGGUGAAGGUCUUGCAAAUCAGGAACAAAAUACCUAGAAGAAAGGCUCUCUCCUCAUUAGAAGAAAAUGUUCUGACUAUACUCACAGAAGAGGGGUAUGUCAAACCAGAUGUAGCUUCAGGACCUGCUGAAACAGUACCAGAUUUAUUGGAGGAUGAGGAUGAGGAUGAGGAAGUGGUUCUGGAUGGUGAAGUGGAUGAAGGUGAUGUUCAUAUAAAGCCAACCUCACGAAAAGCCACCCCCUUGUUUUUCUCUGAGGUCGAUGUGAAGCUGGUUUUUAAGGAAGUUACAUCGAAGUUUUUGCGAAAGCGCAUCGUGGAGGGUGGAAGAAGAAGUGAUGGACGAACCCCAGAUGAAAUACGUCCAAUUAACUCGAGAUGUGGGUUGCUUCCGAGGGCACAUGGAAGUGCUCUUUUCACCCGAGGGGAAACUCAGUCGUUGGCAGUGGUUACACUUGGUGAUAGACAGAUGGCACAAAGAAUAGACAACCUUGAGGGUGCAGAUGAAUUGAAGAGUUUCUAUCUUCAGUAUUCAUUUCCUCCUUCAUGCGUUGGGGAAGUUGGGCGGAUUGGGGCACCUAGUAGAAGAGAAAUUGGUCAUGGAAUGCUUGCAGAGAGAGCUCUUGAACCAAUCCUGCCUUCUGAUGAUGAUUUUCCUUACACCAUACGUGUCGAGAGUACCAUCAUGGAAAGCAAUGGCUCCUCAAGCAUGGCAUCCAUUUGUGGAGGUUCCUUAGCAUUGCAAGAUGCUGGGGUCCCAAUUAAGUGUUCUAUUGCUGGGAUAGCAAUGGGUAUGGUUCUGGACACUGAGGAAUGUGGGGGAGAUGGGGCUCCACUUAUUUUAUCAGACAUAACUGGAUCUGAAGAUGCCUCUGGAGAUAUGGAUUUUAAGGUUGCUGGAAAUGAAGAAGGAAUAACUGCUUUUCAGAUGGACAUAAAGGUGGGAGGAAUUACUGUACCCAUUAUGAGAAAGGCACUCCUACAAGCAAGAGAUGGCCGAAAGCUUAUUCUCGAUGAAAUGUUGAAAUGUUCGCCUCCGCCCUCGAAAAGGCUUUCUAAGUAUGCGCCAUUAAUUCUCAUCAUGAAGGUCAAACCUGAAAAGGUAAAUGCUAUUAUUGGUUCUGGCGGAAAGAAGGUGAAGAGUAUUAUUGAAGAAACUGGGGUAGAGUCAAUUGAUACCCAAGAUGAUGGAAUAGUGAAAAUUACUGCAAAGGACUUGUCUAGUUUGGAGAAGACAAAAGCUAUUAUUAGUAAUCUGACAAUGGUUCCAUCGGUUGGUGAUGUCUAUAGGGACUGUGAGAUCAAAUCAAUAGCUCCUUAUGGAGUUUUUGUCGAGAUUGCACCUGGAAGAGAGGGACUUUGCCAUAUUAGCGAAUUGAGUUCAAACUGGCUUGCAAAGGCAGAAGAUGCUGUUAAUGUUGGGGAUCGCAUUGAUGUUAAACUAAUUGAGGUAAACAAUAAGGGACAACUUCGCCUUAGCCGCCGAGCACUACUUCCUGAUACAGAUCCAGGGAGUCCCAGUGAAAAGCAGGAUACAGGUAGCACCACAAAAGAUAUUGUGGCUUCGCAAAAAACAGCUGAAAGAAGCUCGGCUAAAAAAGUUCUGAAUGUUCCAAAGGAUGGUUUAGCUGAGGGUCAGCCUGAUUCUAAAGUUGGCGCUCCUAAACUUGGAAGCUCCCAUAAAAGUACUCCCGCAGAGGACACUCUACACCCUCAAAAGAAGUUCAUCAGAAGAUUGGUUGACUCAACCAGGGAUGAGCACAACGUUAACAAAGACACGUCAAAGAAGAGCAGCAGUAAAGCAAUCAGUACUGUCUCCAGCAAGGAUGAAACUAGUUUAGUGAAUGGAGAGGCUAACAUUGGGUAGCAGUUUAUAUCGCUUUCCUAGUGUUGCUAGGGAUUUGUUAUCCCCAUUUGCAUGGUGAGAGUGAUGGAGCAAGACUGUCCUUGCUUGCAUUAAAUCAUGGAAGAGUUCGUUGCCAUAUUUUGCCUCAGGAAGCAUAGAUUAUAUCGUUGCAGAAGGAACCUUAUCAACUGUGCCUCUCAGGAUGUGUUUUCUGAAGGAAGGCCAAAGUCAAAAGGGAGAUUUAUUGAAGCAAUUGGGUAAAGAC